GCGCAGGCUGAUCACCUCUAGGCACCCAGUCGUCAUGGGGAAGCUAGUGGUGCUGACCGUGCUGGGGGCCAGCUUGGCCUUAAUAGGCGAGAGGCUUCUGACAUUUAGAGAAAGAGUUACCACAUCACGAGAAAUAAAGUCCACAGAACCGAAGAAUUGCCACCUGAUUGAAGGACUCGAGAAUGGCUCUGAAGAUAUUGAUAUACUUCCUAGUGGGCUGGCUUUUAUCUCUACUGGAUUGAAAUAUCCAGGCAUGCCAAACUUUGCACCAGACAAACCAGGAAGCAUUUUCCUGAUGGAUCUGAAUGAGCCAAACCCAAAGGCACAAGCACUGGAAAUCAGUGAUGGCUUCGACAAGGAGUCACUGAAUCCUCAUGGGAUCAGCACCUUCAUUGACAAAGACAACACUGUGUAUCUUUAUGUGGUGAAUCAUCCUCACAUGGAUUCCACUGUGGAGAUAUUUAAAUUUGAAGAACAGCAACGUUCUCUCAUCCACCUGAAAACUAUAAAACACGAACUUCUCAAGAGUGUGAAUGACAUUGUGGUUCUUGGGCCAGAGCAGUUCUAUGCUACAAGAGACCACUACUUCACCAGCUACUUCUUGGUACUUCUGGAGAUGAUCAUGGACUUUCACUGGACUUAUGUUCUUUUCUACAGCCCAAGUGAGGUCAAAGUAGUGGCCCAAGGAUUUAGUUCUGCCAAUGGAAUCACAGUCUCGCUAGACCAGAAGUAUGUCUAUGUAGCUGAUGUAAUAGCUAAGAACAUGCACAUAAUGAAAAAACAUGAUAAUUGGGAUUUAACUCAAGUGAAGGUCAUUCAACUAGGCACCUUAGUGGAUAACUUGACUGUGGACCCUGCCACGGGAGAUAUUUUGGCAGGAUGCCAUCCUAACCCCAUGAAGCUACUGACCUACAACCCUGAGGACCCUCCAGGGUCAGAAGUACUACGCAUCCAGGAUGCUUUGUCCGAUAACCCCAGGGUGAGCACACUCUAUGCCAACGAUGGCUCUGUGCUUCAGGCCAGCACUGUAGCUUCUGUGUACCGUGAGAAAGUGCUCAUAGGCACUGUGUUCCACAAAGCUCUGUAUUGUGAACUCUAGGUCUUUCUCAAAAAUCUUCAUAAUUUUCAUAUUUGGCAAAGUAAAAUUAUAAUUGUAUGCUAAAUGGAACUAUAAUUAUUUGCAACUACCAGGGAAGUGUGUUUGGCUUUUCUUAUGGAGAAAAGGAGUACAGAAACUCAUAUCUAUGAAAUCAAGAGUCAAGUUAAUGUUGAGCCAACCAGAAAUCCAUACAUACUGCUUUGUCGAGUGUCCCCAAUAUCCUGUAUAUAGUGGGAUAUACAGGCUGUGACCACUGAGGUCUCCCGCUCACUUAGGUUUGUGUCUCUUGGUAACUGUUUAGCAAAAUUGCCUCCCACAACUGUGAUAUUCUGUGUCUGCUGCAGUCCACACUAGUGAAAAAAGACAAUAUUUAACUACUUACAAUUAUUAUUCUCUUUUCUCUCUUGUGUGGGACACCAUCUUAAAAUCAAGUAUCCAGACCUAUAACUCUCCUCUUGAGAACGCAAAGCCUGCCUUGGACUUGAUUUUACCCUAAAAUGUGGCCAUAAAGGAAACAGGAUUCUGGAAAUUUGACAUAGAUGAGUCUCGUCAGCU